GUUUGUGUCACCUCCAUUUUCGACGUCAAUCCCAGGCCAUGUUCGCGAGAUCCAUCAAGUCCUCGGUGCCGCGUGCUGUCCGAAACUUUGCGCAUCGCGUGGACGUCGUGCUUAAAGAAGACGUGCCCAAGCUCGGGUUCCGUGGCGACGUCGUGGCCGUGAAGGCCGGGUACGCGCGUAACUUUCUCUACCCUGAGAAGAAGGCAGUAUAUGCGACAAAGCUCAACUUGGCUGCGUACAAGGUGGAGAAGACGUCGACCCUUGAGGAGGGCAUCGACGCCGAACAAGAACGCAUCCGCGAACAAAUCGUCAAGCGGCUGUCGACGGUGACGCUCAAAUUCAAACGUCACUGCACGACCCCCAAGCCCAACACCAAGUCCCCCGUCACUGCGCAGAACAUUGUGGACAAACUCGAGUCCCAGCUUGGAAUCAAAGUCGGGAUCGCCCGCGUCAUCUUGCCCGACCCUAUCAAACUCGUUGGCAACCACAACGUCAAGAUCCGUGUGGACGACUUCGUGGACGUGGAAUUCGAAGCCGCCCAACAAGCCGCGGUCGCCGUGGAAGGUCAAGUCGCGGCGGCACCCAUCAACCCCGACGCCCCCGUGAACGUGUCGUCCCAGACGGUGCUGCAGCAGUUUGCCACCGAUCGCUACAAAUCCAACUCCACCCAGGCGGAGGCCAAGGUGGCGGCCGUGGUUGUGCCCGAAGUUGAUUCUAGCAAGCGACGACUGGCGACACUUAAAGUGCUUGUGGAACGUCGUUAAUGACACCCCUUCCGUUGUACAUUCUUAGCCGACCUUAGCCUCACGCAAAAUGAUUUGUCCCCAUUGUUGUUAGCUGGCUACGUAGCUACACUACCUAACGUUAGUUGAAACCCAGUAGGUUGAUUGACGAUCGGUACCAAACCACAAGCCACAUCAACAAUAUAUUUCUCGGUGUCUUUUACUACUCGGAGUAAUGAUUUACAGUUAAUUCUAC